CCGAGCAUCUGAUUACAGAACGACGCUCUGCACGCAGCGGGUCUUCUUAGGUACUCCGGCAAAGGGGGCUCGAAGGUGAAUGAAGGAGCGUCAAGGAACAGCGGAAAACACCGAGUUCAAGGUUAAUCGUAAACCGCGGACUUUGUUCGGCCGAUUUUGCUUCCUCAUGAAUAUUUAACAAGUAACGGUUCUCCCAGCCGUAGUAGUCACUUCUCUAUCCUGUCGCUUCUAUAAAAGGCUCCUCGUCCAGUAUACAGAAGAGCAACGUGGGUGAACCGAGAAGACAUCGAGUCCGGGCUCCGAGUCUCGAGGAUUUUGUACUAAAGCAAAAUGUCAGUAAUCGUGACAGCUUCCCUAACUUUUCUCAUGCUGCCUUUGAUGUGCCAGUCAUCUGAAAGUGCAAAGUGGUGUUACAACUCACAGAGCAAAGACUGUGGUGCUUCUAAAUGGAAAGACAUAGAGCCCACCUGUGGAGGCAUUAAACAAUCACCAAUCAACAUUGUGCGAACAAAAGCACAACGGAAUAACAGUCUGGAGGCAUUUCAAUUUAUCGGCUAUGACACUGCUCCCUCCGGGAAAUGGAUAAUUGUAAAUAAUGGUCAUGCACUUCAAGUAAACCUUCAAGGAGAAAUCAGCAUAAAUGGUGGUGGACUACCAGCCCGGUACAAUGCACUACAGUUCCAUUUUCAUUGGGGUGGAGAGAGCAGCAAUGGGUCAGAACACACCAUUGAUGGAAAACAAUAUCCAAUGGAGCUUCACAUUGUCCACAUGAAUUCUAAAUAUGAUGCUGUACAUGAUGCAAAAAAACAUGAAACUGGCUUAGCAGUACUAGGAUUUAUGUACAAGAUAGAUGAUAAAAACAACACCAACUACUCCACCAUCACUUCAGCUCUGCGAAAUGUUUCAUAUAAAGCUAACCAGGUGGAAUUAGCCUCCACAUUUCGACUAGACAGCCUUCUUCCUCCAUUAGAAACUUUAACCAGAUACUACCGCUACUAUGGAUCUCUCACCACACCUGACUGUUCAGAAGCUGUAAUCUGGACGGUUUUUGAAGAACCAAUAUCUAUUAGUAAGAAGCAGUAUGCUUCAUUUGUGAACUCAAUAUUUUUUUCCUCUGCCACGGAACACCCAGUCAAUAUGCAAGAAAAUUUUCGGCCUGUCCAGGAACUAAACAAGAGGCAAGUCUUUGCAUCCAAGGAUGCGACUGAUAGUAGCUGCAGUGCUCCGUCUGUCAGUCUGCUCUUGACCAUUCUGUCAGUAUUGGCAAUCAGGCUUGUUUGAAACAAAAAGGAAAUAGAAAAUGAAGAAGGACAGAAGGAGUGGAUAUCUGCUUAUUUGCUAACAAUAUUGGUAGUAACAAUUGAUGUUUUAUAUGUUUAAAAACUUUAAGGAACCAACAAUGCCAUGCUGUUAAAAAAAAAAAAA